AUGUGCCGGGUUCUGAACAUUUUACUGGCUCUUCUGAGUCGUUUCCUGUUUGCUGUGCAUGGUGUGCUGACGGUGUGGCGAGUGGUAGAGGUGACACGGGACCCCUCAUAUUGGCUGCUGUUGAUGGGCGUGGCACUCCUGGGAGUCGAGAUGACAAUCACAAUAAAAUACACGCACAACGCAGAAUGGAAAUGGUUCUCUCCUAUGGUCUUUCUUUAUCUGAGCAGUGUGAUUCCUUCUAUCUGGUUCCUGGAGCUGAACCUCCUACAGUCCAACCUGCCUAUCAAUACAAGCAACUCGGACCCACAACUGUUCUCCCAGAUCCCUUUGACAAUGGGGUUGGCGAAACUUGAUCCUGAGAACUGGGUGGAGGCUUUGGAGCAGACCAUGCUGAUUGUUUUGGUUCUGGGCCGCUGGCUGAUGCCAAAGGGCGACAUGUCACGAGACCAACUAUCUCAACUCCUCAUGGUGUACGUGGGGCUGGGAGCUGAUAUCCUGGACAUCUUUGACACUUUUAAGGAGCCGCAAGUGAAGACCAAGCAGGCAGUGAUCCUUGUGGGGUUAAGUUUGUUUUCUUGGGCUUUGAUGCAGUUUCCACUCGUUCUAACCCAAACCAGCCGGCCCACUCUCCAGGAUGGAUCCCAGUCAGAGUCCCCCCAGGCUGGGUUAGCUGGUUGGAAUAUAUCCUGUUGCUCCAGUGAAGUUUGGAGCCUCUUGCUAACGGUCGGUCUGCAGGAUGGACCCUUCCUUAUUUACCGCCUGUACCUCAUGAUACGUGAGAAUGUUCUGAACCAGCUGAUGAUCUUUUUCACUUGCAAGAAUAUACUUAUUGUACUUUUAGAGGUCUACAGGAUUUGUGUUGUGCACUUUGAGAACAGACCUGAGGGUGGAAACCAGUCAUGUGACCCAUCUCACAGCCAGUCAGAAUGGAUUGAUGGACAGGACGUAGAAGCCAGCUGUCAGGAAUAG